GAGACAGGUGGCGCUUGGAAGAGUGAGCGGCUGGCUGGAGUUUUUUGGCCGGCGCUGCUCAGUCCUGCCCCACGCACUCUGGUGUUAAGUGUUUCCGUAUUCCCGGCUGCUUCUCCCUGUACCAAGCACCGCCACGCAACACCAGAGAGCCAUGAGUACGUAAGGAUGGAGAGCUUAGGAUACCACACGGAGAGGGGUGAAGGAGCCUUGGGGAUGCCUGAAGGAGAGGCAGUGAAGGAGGGAGGCGUGGAGGUGGAGGAAAUGCAGAAAAUUCCUCUAAUACUGAACGCUUCUCUGGUCAGACCAUCCUUCACUGAAUAUCUGGACCGAGACUUCGAGAUACGAGGUAUUUUGCUCACCUGGGCGGCUGUCAUGGCGUCUGGGGAGGACACAGUGCGGCAGAGAGAUGGGGCAAACCCGCCCCCUCCGGCAGCAGGAGGGACACUGAAGGAGGCGCAGCAGGAGGGAAAGAGUCACGUGGUUUAUCAGACUAUGGUAGCGGCGUCCAUAGGUUUAGGGGGACUGGCAGCAACUGUGGCAAUGGGCUACACCUCCCCUGCCUUGCCUUCCAUGCGAGCUGAUCCAGACAUCCAAAUCACGCCAGAACAAGAGUCAUGGAUUGGCGCUGUCAUGCCCCUCGCAGCACUGGCCGGCAGUCUGAUGGCUGGACCGUUAGUGGACCGCUUUGGCCGACGGACCACAAUGAUACAUCUCAACUGGCCCUUCUGCUUGUCCUGGGCACUGAUAGCAUCUUCUGCGGGAGUGAGUGGAGUCCUCCUCGGGCGGGUGCUGGGAGGCAUUUGUGUGGGACUGCAGGCUGUGGUGGGCUCGGUGCUCAUGCCAGAGAUGGUGCAUGUUGACCUUCGUAACAUCCUUGCUGCCUUCCCUGCAUUGUUUGGGAACCUGGGCUUGCUGGUGAGUUUUGGUGCGGGUCAGCUGCUGUCGUGGCGUGGGCUGGCAUGGCUCGGUGCUAGCUUGUCGCUGCUGCCCGUGCCUCUCCUCCUCCCUCUGCCUGAGACACCACACUACCUCACUCGCACAGGGCGUGUUGAGGCCUCUCUGAAGGCACUGCUUCAGAUUAGAGGGUCGAAGGAAGCCGCCGAGAAGGAGCAGGGAGAGAUAAACGAGAGUGUGAACAGCAGGUCGGCGCAGGAGGAGGUCACUAUGAAGGAGCUGGCACAUGCACCUAACUUCUGGCCUGUGGGUGUGGCUGUCGGUCUCAUGGUGGCCCAGCAGACAACGGGAAUCACGGCAGUUGUCUUCUUUGCCUCCACCAUCCUGGAGGUGGGCGGCGAGGCACUGGCAGCCAAGGCUUCUGUGCUUCUGGGUGUCAUCAACCUCCUGGGGAACGUCAUUGGAAUCUACUGCAUUGGGACGUGCAAGAGGCGGGACUGUCUGCUGUGGUCCACGUAUGGGGUGGUGACGUCCCUGCUGGUCCUGGCCACCUUCUUCUGGGCAAGGGAGGCUGGUGGGGCUGCUCUGGAGGUGGCUAACAGCCUGUACCUGGUGCCUGUGGUGGCCCUGCUGACCUACAUGGUGAGCUUUGCCCUGGGGUGGGGUCCUGUGCCCUGGGUGUUCCUGGGGGAGGGCAUGCCGAGCCAGGUGAGGGGCAAGGCAGCAGCGUUGGUGGUCAGCGCCAACUGGGGAUUUGCGUUCCUGGUGACAAAAACCUUUGGGUGGAGUCUGGCCAGCCUGGGUUCGGCCAAUACCUUCCUGGGCUACGCGGUGAUGACAGGUGCUGCCAUCGUCCUCCUGCGCCCCAACAUGCCAGAGACAUUUAAGAAGUCCACCGCUGAGAUGGAUCGGCUGUACCUGGAGGAAGCAGCCAAGAAACACCAGUAGAAGCACAAAUAUUAGAGGAACCGCAGCAGCACUGGAAGUCAAAGGUUGAAAUGGAUAAAUGAAUGGUAUAAAUAAUGGUAUAAGGAAAGACCAGCCAUGAAGCAGAAGAGAAAGUACACAGCAGCAUUACAGAAGCAGCAGAGAAAGUACACAGCAGCAUUACAGAAGCAGAAGUAGUAAUUAAAGGCUGAAAUGAUAAGCUGCAACUGGAAAGAACAGUCAAGAAACAGCAAUAAAAACAGGAAGAUAGUGUUGCAUUGGUAAAGAACAUAAGAUCAUAAGAGCACAAGGGUUAGUACAAGAAGCCAUCAGGCCUACAUGUGGCAGUCCCUGUAUGAGGUAUGCCUGCCUAUUUCCACCUAGCUGUCACCCUCAUCUAUACAUUUGUCUGAGCUUCUUUCAUCCUAUGUUAUUUUAAGUGCAGUACAAUGUGUCAGGGCGUAAUUGGGUCAUGUUUUGUGUUAGUUUUAGUAAUAUAUUAUAGAUAUAUUAUAUACUGUAUUAAUGUUUCUAUAAUAACAAGGGUAAUAGAA